GUAACUAUAGCCGAAGUGAAUCCAUAUGUGAAAUAAAAAACGAGCGCGACACACCACCAAAGCUUUUGGCUCCCACAGGUCAAACACCAAACCGCCUAGCAAUCCUCUUUUGAGAAAAGCUUCAGCACAAAUGUACAUAUUUUUAGUGUAACGUAAAUCUCACUUUUAGUUUACGAUUCUUUUCAUUUUACAUCAAAUCCGGUCUGAUUUCAUUUCCCCUUCCAUCGAUUUGAUUAGAUUCAAAUAAUUUGUUUUCAAUCCCUUCCUUCCAAUCUAUAUGCUUUCGUCUCCCUAAAGGGGGAAAUGGGUUGCUCCUUUUCUGGGUUGAAUGCUCUCUACGACGCUGUCAAUGGUGGUGGAGACGUUUGGAUCAACGAAAAUCGCUUUAGGAUCGUCAGGCAGCUCGGAGAAGGUGGCUUCGCCUUUGUGUUUUUGGUCAAAGAGGUUGUUUCCGACUCUUCUUCACCCUCUGGUGGCGGUCUCGCUAAGAAAUUGAAGGACCCAUCUCGUCUUUCCGGUGAUGGAACUUAUGCUUUGAAAAAGGUUCUAAUUCAGAGCAGUGAACAAUUGGAGCUGGUGAGGGAGGAGAUACGUAUUUCGUCGCUUUUCAGUCAUCCUAAUCUACUUCCACUUCUUGACCAUGCAAUAAUUGCCGUUAAGUCAUCUGAAGGAUCUGUGAAACAUGAAGCAUACUUGUUAUUUCCAGUUCAUUUGGAUGGAACAUUACUGGACAAUGCCCAGACAAUGAAGGCUAAGAAAGAAUUCUUUUCUACAUUGGAUGUUUUGGAGAUAUUUCGUCAGCUUUGUGCAGGGCUUAAGCAUAUGCACAGUAACGAACCUCCUUAUGCACACAAUGAUGUGAAACCUGGUAAUGUUCUUUUAACUCAUAGAAAAGGGAUGUCACCUCUUGCAAUAUUGAUGGAUUUUGGUAGUACUCGACCUGCUAGAAAAGAAAUUCGUUCUCGUUCAGAGGCACUCCAAUUGCAGGAAUGGGCAUCUGAGCAUUGUUCAGCACCUUUCCGAGCACCGGAGCUGUGGGAUUGUCCAAGCCAUGCAGACAUUGAUGAGAGAACUGAUAUCUGGUCACUGGGAUGUACUUUGUAUGCAAUAAUGUAUGGGUUAACUCCAUUUGAGUAUGCCCUUGGAGAAUCUGGUGGAAGCCUUCAAUUAGCCAUUGUAAAUGCACAAAUCAAAUGGCCAGCAGGACCUAAUCCUCCAUAUCCUGAUGCCCUCCACCAGUUUAUAAAAUGGAUGCUUCAGCCACAGGCUGCAGUUCGACCUCAGAUUGACGAUAUCGUCAUUCAUGUUGACAAGUUGAUUGCAAAGUUUUCUAAUUAGAUAAACAGGGCAUGUGACAGAAGUUGAUAGUUGUACACAUUUUCGACAACUUUUGUGCCUCAGAUCUUAAUAUGUCAGUUUAAGCAAGUACAAUUUGUCUGUUGAGAUUAUUUUUCUCUAUCGUCUAGGUGUAGCCGGGUUCGAUUGAAGUUUUUCUAUUUAUUUUUUUCACUUUUUGCCCAUAAAAAUUCUAGUUUGUAGAAUAACAGUGGGUUCUGUACAUUGGGUUCUGUACUUCCUGGAAUUGUUGAAUGUUUCAUAGAGAGACCCAAUAUUACUGCAA